UCAAGCCAUUGCCUUGCUAGAUUUAUUGGAGAAAUAAAUCUGAGUUAUUUUUUAAGAGUUUCGUUAAAAAUGGAAAAUAAAGAAAAGAAGCAAAAGCCCCUUAAACGCCAUGCCCAAGUUCCACUCAUCAUUCCCAAGAACUCAGUGAUCAGCACCUAUGCCGUCGGUCGCCUCUGUUCGGAACCUGCUUUGGUCAGGAUUGAGGUUAAAGAUCUGAUUGGAAGUGGAUCCUUUGGCCGGGUUUACCAGGCUCAUGUGAAUGAGUCCGAGGAAAUAGUGGCCGUUAAGCAAACCCUUUACAAUCCGAAGUUGAGCCAGGGCGAAGCAGAAAUUAUGGGUCAGCUAAAGGACCACAACAACAUUGUCCGGCUCAUCAUGCACUCGUCCGUGAGUUUGGGCUUUCCGUCAGUGGACUACGUUUUGCUGGUUAUGGAGUACAUGCCUAUGACUUUGCUGGACUAUAUCAACUAUCACCUAACGGUGCUACAGCCCGCAGAGCGCCUAAUCAAUGUCCGCAUACUCUCGUAUCAGAUGUUCAGAGGAUUGGGAUAUCUUCAUCUAUUGGGCAUUUCCCACCGGGACGUCAAGCCCGAGAAUCUGCUGAUAGACAACCAGAAGAUGGUGCUUAAGCUAAGUGAUUUUGGAAGCGCCAAACUCCUGGUGCCCCAGGAGCCCAGUAUAAGCUACAUUUGCUCCAGGCUUUAUCGUGCUCCGGAGCUUUUUGCCGGGUACGAACUUUAUUCGUGUGCCGUGGACAUCUGGAGUGCUGGUUGCGUCCUGGCGGAGCUGCUCAAGGGAUAUCCGCUCUUCUCCAGCCACAAACAUGACCGAAAGCAGCUGCGACUCAUCGUUAAUAUGCUGGGCACCGAUGGCUUGGAACGAGCUCCUGAAAUACUCUCAAAGUGUGGAAAUUCACUUCACCCACGGACCACUCGUCCCAGUUGGAAUUAUCUCCUGAAUACGGCUGUUCCGCAGGAUCUGUGCGGUCUGUUGAACUCGUGUUUCAUCUAUGAAGCCGCCGCUAGAAUCUCACCUAUGAUGGCAUGUAGUCAUGGUUCCUAUGAUGAAUUGCGCAUCAUGGACGCCAUGGCGUUGCCCAUGCCCAAUGGCAAUCCGCUCCCCCCUCUGUUCGACUUCAACAGCCUGGAGAUGGGUACAGAUCCAAAACUUUGGGUCAACCUAUUACCGAUCCAUUUGUCUUCAAUGGAGGACAAGUAUUCGGUCGUAGAAGCCUUUGAAGCAGUCUAGAAGAUUUUCAAAAUAAACUAACUAUGGCAGGGAUUUUUCAGGUUGUUCAAAUAUC